CACACACACACACACGCAGGUUUGCAUGCUUCCAGACAACAUGGUCAUUUCCUGUGACACUGUGUAUUUAUUGCUUGAAAUUAACAGAGAAAAACCAGCUUAAAGAGUGAAAAUCUCAACAUUUAUUAAUACAAAUCCCUUCACACUCUUGUGAAGUAAUGCGGGGAAAGCCGGUUAUGUAACCUUUAAUUCACGCAUUAAUCCAAGCGUGUCCGACUCUUUUGUCUAAGCGGUGUGUGCCGCGAAGCGCUCCGGGCCAAAAGGGGAACUUCAGGAACGAGUCAGUUGAUAUUUAAAACUGCAGUAGAGAGAGAUAAAUUAACUUCUCAAAAAAAGGACUGUUUAUUUGAACAGCAGGGCGGACUCUGUUGGGCAAAGAAAGACGCGAGUCGGCCCUGCAGUAGCCAGCGCAGCAUUAACCAUUAACUUAUACAAUCACGACCAGAAGUGUUUAUAGUGUUCAGGUAAAUUGGGUGUUUAAUUAGUCUCGACUUUUAUUGCCUCAUUUUCGGCCUAAGCGCUGCAGGUCGAUGUCGAAAGCAGCAUUUUGUGUAAAAUAAAGCUGAUAAUUGAAAGUGAACAAUCCACACAUUUGAAGGAAACUCAAGAAAAUAUGAGAAACUCAGUCCUUAACCUGCAGCUUUAAACGCAGAUGUGUAUAUUAGAUAUAUGUCAAGCGCCCUGUAUGCAAAUUCUUUGGUCAGGCUGCAAAUUAGUGGUAUUCCUGGCUUAAGUUUGCACAGAAAAGAGCUUUUUGUUGUUUGUAGAUUGUGAUCUUGGCAAUCCGGGGGGGGAGAGAAAUGCUCAGCAUUAUCUGUGCUACCAGGAAAGAAGAAGUGUGCGACAUUAACGCAUUUAAAUUGACCUGCCGCUCUGCCUAUGAAUGUGGCGGAGGUGCUGGAGUUCUGCGUCACGUAUAUAUACCUGUGCAAGAUGUGUACCUGCACCAUUCGCUUUAUUAGGACAGAAAUGGCCUCCUCUGAGGGAAACACUCCGACCUAUAAGAUGAUGUCUUUAGACCCUGAUAUCAACCAACACUUUCAGGAUGCAAUAGAUGUGAUCCAGCAGCAUUCACACAACGCAUACUACGAUCCAGAGUGCAAAUAUUUCGAGACGCUGGGCAGCCAGCCGUCGUCUCUGCAGGUUCAGAUGUCCUACCACGUCUUCGCACACCAAUCUGACAUCCCAGCUGUAGGCUACGACUGGAGCGAAAUGGCUCACUCCUGGCCUCAGGUCAUCCCCGACGUCUCUUUGAGCCACUCGGUGCAGAACGAUUCGCCGCAUUUCUACUCCGUCAUCCCACCGCAGAGGAACAGCAAAGGACGUAAGAAGCUGAGGUUGUACGAGUAUCUCCAUGAAGCCCUGAACGACCCCAACAUGGGCGACUCGAUACAGUGGACGGACAGCAGCAGCGGCACGUUCCACUUCAUCUCUAAGAACAAAGAGAAGCUGGCCGAGUGCUGGGGCCAGCGCAAGGGCAACCGCAAAACCAUGACCUACCAGAAGAUGGCAAGAGCCCUGAGGAACUACAGCCGCACCGGCGAGAUCGUCAAAGUCCGCCGCAAGCUCACCUACCAGUUCAACCCAGACAUCCUGCACAGGCUCGGUUCGGCCCAGGUACCCAUGCACCUGCAGCGCCCAUCUGCGCAGGACGACGCCCACAGUCGGCAGGAAAGCCCGUCCGAGCAGAGCUACCCCGGGUCGGCGGCGGCGGCAGACUGGCACGGCUGGUACGGACACUACCAGCUUCAGGAAGACUACGACCUGGCGGCGAGCUUCACCUCACACAGCUCAGCCAAACUGUGAGCCGACAGGCAGCAGAUCCUGAAAACGUUUUGUCGUUUGGAGGGAUUCUCUAAAAGACUCGUCUGCAUGUUGCACCUAAAUGUUCUGUGGAUGAUCAGCUAAAAGCAGCACGCGAUGUGGUCCAGUCAUUUCAGCAGUUUCUGUAAAUAAUCUGUAAAUAUUGUCAAAAAUGAUGUUGAAAUUGAAGUAAAAAUUAUGUUCUCGUUUUGAUAUGCGUCCUUAUUUUGAAGUCUUUUUUAUCUGAGCUGUUUUGUUCUACAUGAAGAAAAAUACAUUUUUCUCUCAAAACUGUUUUGAUAACUGAGUAUUUUAUUUGAUAUUUUGCUUAUUUACGCAGUUAUACUAAUUUAAUAGUGGAAAACAGCUCUGUUCAUGCAAGUUAUUGAAGACUGUAAGGAGUGCAUUGUAUUAUUAUUACUGAGCUGACCUUUUAAAAUUUCCAGUGGCAUUUAAUAAAAUCACCUAACAGAGGAUUAGAUAAAAAGAUUAUCUGUAAAUCUCCUGCAGGGCAUCAAAUCAUCACUUUUAAACAAUAAAAAUAAGCUUUGCAUCUAUAUAAUUUGAACUCAAGGUUUAAUUCUUAUUGAAA